CGUUCUAAAAUUUGUAUUUUGUUUUCGAGUAAGGUUGCCGGUAGUUCCUGUGCAAAUUAAAACAGAGAAGUGGCAUCCUUUUUGCCAGGUCUGGGCCACAGCCCGCCUUCCCGCCGCUGCUCUUUCGCUCCGCCCAAGAGGGCCUACGUUUUGUCCACCGGCUGCCGAGCAGUUUCCUUUCCUCUCCGAGCAAGAUGGCUGGGGGUGAAGGUGGAGUGACUCUCGGGCAGCCACAUCUUUCUCGACAGGAUCUCGCUACAUUGGAUGUCACCAAGUUGACACCACUUUCACAUGAAGUUAUCAGCAGACAAGCCACGAUUAAUAUUGGUACAAUUGGUCAUGUAGCUCAUGGGAAAUCCACUGUGGUCAAGGCUAUUUCUGGAGUUCACACUGUCAGAUUCAAAAAUGAACUGGAAAGGAACAUUACCAUCAAGCUUGGAUAUGCUAAUGCUAAGAUUUAUAAACUUGAUGACCCAAGUUGUCCUAGACCAGAAUGUUACAGAUCAUGUGGAAGUAGUACACCGGAUGAGUUUCCUACAGACAUUCCAGGGACCAAAGGGAACUUCAAAUUAGUGAGGCAUGUUUCCUUUGUUGACUGUCCUGGCCAUGAUAUUUUGAUGGCUACAAUGCUGAAUGGCGCAGCAGUGAUGGAUGCAGCUCUUCUGUUGAUAGCUGGUAAUGAAUCAUGCCCUCAGCCUCAGACUUCUGAACACCUGGCUGCUAUAGAAAUCAUGAAACUCAAGCAUAUUUUGAUCUUACAGAAUAAAAUUGAUCUAGUCAAAGAAAGUCAGGCUAAGGAACAAUAUGAGCAGAUUCUUGCAUUUGUACAAGGAACAGUAGCAGAAGGGGCGCCAAUUAUUCCAAUUUCUGCUCAGCUGAAAUACAACAUUGAAGUUGUCUGUGAGUACAUAGUGAAGAAAAUACCAGUGCCCCCAAGAGACUUUACUUCAGAACCCCGUCUCAUUGUUAUCAGGUCAUUCGAUGUCAACAAACCUGGCUGUGAAGUUGAUGACCUUAAGGGAGGUGUAGCCGGUGGUAGUAUUCUAAAAGGAGUGUUAAAGGUAGGCCAGGAGAUAGAAGUCAGACCUGGUAUUGUUUCCAAAGAUAGUGAAGGAAAACUCAUGUGUAAACCAAUUUUUUCCAAAAUUGUAUCACUUUUUGCGGAACAUAAUGAUCUUCAGUAUGCUGCUCCAGGUGGCCUCAUUGGAGUUGGAACAAAGAUCGACCCCACUUUGUGCCGAGCUGACAGAAUGGUGGGACAAGUACUUGGUGCCGUUGGAGCUUUACCUGAAAUAUUCACAGAACUGGAAAUUUCCUAUUUCCUGCUUAGACGUCUUUUGGGCGUACGAACUGAAGGAGACAAGAAAGCCGCAAAGGUGCAAAAGCUGUCUAAGAAUGAAGUGCUUAUGGUCAACAUAGGCUCCCUGUCGACAGGAGGAAGAGUCAGUGCUGUCAAGGCUGAUUUGGGCAAGAUUGUUUUGACUAAUCCUGUGUGCACAGAAGUAGGAGAAAAAAUUGCGCUUAGCAGAAGAGUUGAGAAACAUUGGCGUUUAAUUGGUUGGGGUCAGAUAAGAAGAGGAGUGACCAUUAAGCCAACUGUAGAUGAUGACUGAAGAAUCAAAGUUAAACAGUGCCUUGGAGGAGCUGGAUGGCUCAGCAGUUAAGAACACUGACUGAUCUUCCAGAGGACCAGGGUUCAAUUCCCAGCACCCACACGUCAGCUUACAAUGGUGUGCAACUCCAGGAUCCAGCACACACACACACACACACACACACGCAACACCAUUGCCCAUAAAAAUUAAUUAAGCAACAAAAACCAAUCCCUUGGGAUGGAGUUAGGAUUUCUUUUAAUAGCCUAGGAGGGUUUUUUGUUUUGUUUUGUUUUAAAGCAAUCGUAGGCAAUUAAUUUUGUAGCUCAUUAACUUACUAGUAGCUGUAAGUUUAUUCUCAUUUUGGUGAUGAAAUUUUAACCUCUACUUGUAAUUUAGGGCCUACAAGUAAAUGUGAAAAGUGGUAUACUAUAUACUAUAUUGGAUCAAAUAUAUUUUAGCAAAAGUUAAAUAUUCUGAUUUAUUAAUCAAUGAAAGUUUGAAAUGAAACUUCGCUACAAUCACCCUUUACUAUAGCAUACAUAUGAACCUAUCUAAAAUGAAAACAGUCUCUUUUUUUUUUUUUUCAUGAUUCAUCUGUGGUGAAGGACAGUUAUAUCAGUAAAAACUAAAGACCCACCCCUUUAUUUGUCUUCCUAUCUGGUGUUCUGUUAUCUGAAAUUUGAACAGAGAAGAAGAUCAGCGGCUCAAAUGAGCAUGGCUCUUAGAAGUUGAGUGCUCAUUCCCUUAGCACAGGUGGGCCUUUCUUACGCUUUUCCUGAAAGGAACCCUACAAAUCCAACACCAGAACUUCUCACGAGACUGUGUCUUUAUUAUUUAUGCCUAAAGUCUCAGUCUUCCCCCACUGGCAAAUAGUAUUAUGACGGGGAGAUGAAUGACAGUUGACAAACUCCCGUCCAGGUUGUGUUUCUUUGAGGUCUUUGUUUUAGUAAGCUAUGGAUAGCAUGGAGUCUCUUUAAUGAUGAACAAGCAAUCUACCAUUGGCUCCAUUGUCCCUAGCUGUACUAGUUUUCCUUAGUUGGCAGGAUUAUGGUGUGAAUUAUGCUAUUAGAUACUCUGUUAGAGCAAUGCUUUCCAACUCCAGCUGACAUGAGAAUUGCUGUUUAAGUUUAAAGGAAAAAAAAAAAGGGCCCUGGGGUAGAGUACAGGCUUUGAUAGUUUCUAGAGAGUUGAGAAAUACAUACUAAAUAGUGGUGUCCCUGACUUUUGAUUGUUGGUAAUAUUUUUAUUUCCAUAAAAUGGGAUUUAAUGCUACAGUUACUGUGUUGUACUCUUUGGGUUACUGAAAUGGCUUUAUAGAGGUUUAGAACCGUGGAUGUGAGUUUUAAGAAAACCUAUUGACAUUAUGUAUUUGGUUGGCUCUGAAAGGUUGCAUGAAGAAUAUAUUUAAAUAAAAUAAGGUUCUGAAUCAAGCAUUAAUUUUAUAUCUAUGCCCAUGUGUUGUAGAUACUUUAUAAUAGAAAUUCUGGUAUGAGGCCGAAAAUAUUGAAUGGCUUAAGUAAUUUCAUCCGAACUGAAACCAGAAUCUCUUGUCAUUAAUUUCAAGCAUCUGUGUGAAUUUCAACAACGUACCAUGUGGUCUGAAAAUUCACUUUAAGUCAAUACAGUGAUUCUCAGUAUAAUGUACCUGAUUUAAAGUUAGUCUGAUAAGUAUAAGAGGCAUCAAUAUGCUACCUAAAAGGCUCUCUAUUUCUAUAUUCUGUAUGUAUCCCCCAACAAUGAGAUGUGUGGCUGGUUUUUACAAAAGAGUGCAGCUGUAAGUGCAAAUAACUGAAAUCAUAAACUUCAUUUCUUUAAAAAAAUAAAGACUUCAUUUAAUGAUGCUUUCAAUGAAA